AUGGCGCCAGUCAAUCGCUUGCCAACUGAGCUGGUGAGCGGGAUAAUAUGCACUCAUUUGGAGCCGCUUGAUAUAUUUGCCCUGCGCCUGUCGUCAAGGGACGUGUCUGCCAAGUGUUUCGAUCACUUCGCCAACCGCUUCUUCGCCAGCCUCCACCUUCUGGUUACGAGCCACAAUCUGGCUCUCCUGAACGACAUCGCCGCUCACCCUGUCCUUGGCACCCGGGUGCGCGAAUUAUGGAUCACGCCGGCCCUAUUUGGAGGCGACUAUAAUGAACCAAAGCACAUUUUCCCAGCCAGAGAUCCCCAAGCCGCGUACCGCCGCCACGUUCAAGACGUUGUUUAUAAGGCCGCGGUAGAGGACCAUCUUAGUAUUAUCCUGUCGGUUGACUUAAGGCGUGCCCUCGAAGAUGCUUUUCAGCGGCUGCCAAACCUCAAGUCUGUCGGGUUGCGGCACCGCCUGCACCACACCGAUUAUCGGCUCCGUUUGGACUUGAUCAAAGAGGGCAUGGGAUACAACGCACUUUGCGCAGCCACCGGUCGCGAACCAGCCUUGCCGUGGCUCGCGGGCCGAACUUUCCAAGGCUUCGUCAGUGCCCCGGGCCGCGUGUUCUCGAACAUGUUGAUGGCGCUAGUAACCUCGCACAAGAAGAUUGACAGCCUGGACACCUGCGGCGGCUCAUCCUGCUUCGGUCUGGAUCUGGAUGGUAUCGAGCUCUCUGACGCACAAUGGGACUCGGUCUUCUGCAGCCUAGCCGAUCUGAAAGCCCUACAUCUCUGCAUCCGUGACCCUAGCCUCCGUGACCCUAGCCUACCUGACCCGGAUUGGGCCACACCUACCCCGUCGGACAAGACACUUCAGGCCACGCUCAAUAUCAUGGCGAAAGCGUCGCCAUCUAUCGAAAUACUCAGCUUCUCGAUAUUCGGCUUCGGCGGAAAAGCGCGCCACUUCGAGUGGGCAGCCCAACGUGUCCGAUUCGCCAACUUGUCGAGGCUUACGCUGUGGGACAUCGAAACCAGCCCGCAGCAACUCAAGCAGUUCCUUCUCAGCGCCUCGCCGACACUGAGAUGGUUCAAGUUCUGGACAGUCAGACUCUACUGUGCCGACGCCCAGGGGACCGGCGUGGAGGAUGCGGACGCGGCGGGCAAACGAGCCUGGAGAGGAAUCUGGGACUUCUUUCGGGACAGUAUGAAGCUGCACCGCCUCGAGUUCAAGGCGCUCUACGGCCCGUCUGGGAGAUUAAGACUGGUGGACGGACUGCACGGCCCUCACGGCUCGCACCCGCUCGUCCCUGCCACGGAUCUGGCCUUUUUUGACGCGGAACUCGCCAAGGUCAGCUUUUGCGAGUGGAUCGAUCAGAUCGAAUUUGGGACAGAUGAGGAUUCGGAGGAGGAGCUUGGUGGCUUCGAGUUGUGA